AUGGGGAGUACCUCCAGGAUCAUUCGAUACGAGCUCCCAUCGCCGUCGAGCAGCCGGCUGGGGUCGCACCGAAGCGGACCUCCGCCGGCGCCGAAGAAGCACGUGCUCGAGCUCUUCUCCAACGGCGACCUGCCCCUCGGUCUAACGUUCAUGCAUCGCAAGUUUGACAAUGCCAUGGUCGCGUUCCUCGAACUCGUCAGGCAGCUGGGAACGUACGUGCAUCGUCAGACGUCGGCCGAGGGUCACCCGCUGAGCCUCCCCUACAAGAUUGAGGGCGACAAGAUUCACGACGUCUGCAUCACGCUGGGAAUCGCGCAGGAUGACGGGUGGACCAAGGCCUGCAAGUUGACGCUGACGUGCUGCAAGUUCCUGCUCGCCCAUGCUAGCAAUGUCAGCUCGAAUGCGAGAAAUGGCGGGAACUGA